GGCGGAGGCGGCGGUGGCGGAGCUGGGGCCGAUACUGGACCGGUGCUCGGUGAACCUCAUGGCCGCUCGGGGUCCCUCUGCAGCGGGCUCGCGAACCAACGUGGAGACCGAGGAGGAGAAACGGCAGUUUAAUAAACUUCUGGCGAGCCAGUUCGUGUCCCUCAUGGAAACCUGGACCAAAACCGCUGUGGAGAAAAUUCUGACCAUUUUUCAAGUGUCUGUUUGUGAAGCUAAUGGAGAAUCUGCAGAGAAGAAGAGGAGCGUGAAGCUGAAAGACGCAACUGAGACCAAAAAGAAAUCGCCUGCCAGAACCAAAGAGACACAGAACAUCAAGAAAAUACAUGAAACAAGAGCAACAGGAAGAGAGUGUCACAGACAAGCGUCGGAGCAGCGAACCCCUUGUGAUGCUCCUGAUGAUCCAGAGGAGGCCAUGAGUACUGAUGGGACAGAUGAAGACUCACCUCCAUCCGUCCAAUCAGAAUUUGGGCUGCUCUCUCCAGACACUGACGAUGAUGAGGACUUCAACAAACGGAAGACGAGGCGGCGUCCUUCAGAGCCCAUGCAGUGUCCUUCUUGUCCUAAAACCUUCCGUCGGAAGUGUCUGUUGGAGCGACACUACCUGUGCCACUCCAAACCCCACCUCUGCUCCGACUGCGGGAAGAAGUUCUCCACAGUCCGAGGUCUCACCGCGCAUUCCAGACGCCACACCGGGGAGAAGCCGUACCGCUGUCCCGACUGCAGCAUCGACUUCGCCUACAAGUCCACGUUUGAGCGACACAUGCGGCGACACCUCGAUGACAAACUGUCUGACAACCGGCCG